AGUCGAGUUGGGCGGGGAACGGGGUUAUGGGAGAUUUGAAGAGGAAGAGGGAUGUGGAGGACGCCGCGGAAGCUGGGCCUGUGAAUCGCCCUGUUGUUAAUGGCGGCGCGUCGGCCGAAGGGUCGGCGGGCUCUGCACAAGCAUCGUUCUCACUGAAUGCUAUGGUAGAUAGGGUAGAGCUAGAGCGUGCGCGGUUGGAGAGGGCUGCGAAGAAAGUCAAGGUCGAUAGCUCAGGAUCAGUUCGUUCGGCCGUUGGAAAUCCGGCUGCGAAUGCACCGACUCCCAGCAUUGCUAAUCAACCGGCAUCUACUCAGAGCAGCAGCACGGCGUACUCGAUGAGAUACCCCCACGGCCACAUCGGAAUGACGCAGGUGGACGGACCGGCGGAUCCUCGAUACACCCGCUUCGAGGAACUCGUGGACAGACAUCACCUGCAACGCGGGAUAUUCAGCGCCUUCCAGAUCGACGACCAGUGGCUGAUGGCGAAAGUCAACCGCACGACCGAGAAAUACAUUGUCCGGCCCUAUGGAAUGGAGAUCUUGGAACCCCCUCCGAUGCAGUACCACCCUGGAUACAACAUGUAUUGGGUAUUUCCGCCCCGCAGGAGGAAGUAUUGCUGUAUGCAUGUCAAGCUGCUUGUGUUGUGGUACCCGGGGUUCUUGCGCGUGGCUGUCCCGUCCGCGAAUCUGGUGAAUCAUGAUUGGGUGCAACUGGAGAAUGUUUUCUGGGCCCAAGACUUCCCCCUAUCGCCCACCCCUCGUCCCGAAAACGCAACAUCCCAAUUCGCCCUCGACCUCACCAAUAUCCUCACCCUUCUCGAAAUCCCAUCCACAAUCACCGCUCUCCUCGCCCACGCCGACUUCUCCCUCGCAGCCGUCAAUCUCGUCUUCUCCAAACCAGGAACCCACGCCGGCGACGACCUGCACAGUUACGGCAUGCUCCGACUCGCCCACUGCGUGCGCGAGCUGCAUAUCCCGCAUCUCUCACCGAGUGAAAGCACGCUCACGGCCGCUACAUCAUCCCUCGGUGACACGACUCUUUCGUGGCUCACGCAGAUGCUUCGCGCCGCUUGUGGGAAGGACCCGCAUCGGCAUACCAGCCAUGAGGACGAGGACACGGCACUCACCCACGUCCGCAUCCUCUUCCCUACAAAAGAAACCGUACUCAGCUCGACCUACGGUGCACCCGGCGCGGGAACAAUCACCUUUCAACGCAGAUACUGGGAAAAGCACCAUUAUCCGCAGCGCUGUUUCCGCGACUCGAUCUCGACGCGCCAGGGCGUGCUCUCCCAUGCGAAGAUGAUGGUGUGUUUACCGGCUACGGUUGCAGAGACGGGGUUUAAGUUACCAGGGACGCCACAGUUUGCAUCAUCAACAACGACACUGCAACCGCCAACGCAAACAGCACCGAUCGGCUGGUACUACUGCGGCUCGCACAACACGACCCUCUCGGCGUGGGGCAAGUUGGCCCCGAAUCGCAGUGGGACGGCGAUUGAUAUCAAUAAUUGGGAACUGGGGGUUCUUGUGCCUGUUGAUGCUGAUGGGGUUGUUGUGGGGGGAGAUGGGCAUGGUGGUGGGGGCUUGCGUGCGGUGUGGCCGUAUGUUAUGCCGGCUAGGGAGUAUGCAGGGAGGGAGCCGUGGGGGAGUUGAAAGUCAUCAUUUCGCCGAUGCACGGUGCGGUAUGCACAGUUU